AUGGGUUCGACACUCAAUCAAGGAAACAUUCACGCCGGAGGCAAUCUUCACUUUGGAAACGUCAACACCUUCUUAGGGAACACUGGAGAGAAGAAACCCUACAGAGAUUGUCUGCACCAGCUUCUCAGUACUCUUUCCGGUGACCCGCGGGACUACAAAGACGAUCUCAUCACCCUGAACGGGCGAUGGUUGAAAGGCACGUGUCAAUGGAUCUUACACACAAAAGAGUUCGCAGAAUGGAACGAUUCGGACCCACCGCGACUGCUCUGGAUCACCGGUGGUCCCGGCAAAGGGAAGACCAUGCUUGCACAUUUCCUUGUCGAACACUGCGAAACAACGCACGCUCAUAAACCAGAUCGCCAAAUGGUCAUCUACUUCUUCUGCGGGGCACAGGAUGGGCGGAAUUCCGGGCCCUCGAUAUUGCGAGGCCUUGUCUAUCAGAUGCUCAUGAUCAACGAAGCAACCUUUCGUCAUAUCCAGGAUCCAUUCUCCAAUCAUGGGAAAUCGUUGUUUGAAGAUGAUCGAUUCGAGGCCCUGUGGAAAGUGUUCAAUUCAAUGAUCCGAGAUUCAACCCUGGACUCCGUUACCUGCAUUAUGGAUGGUUUGGACGAGUGUGUCGAAGAAGCGCUUACUCCGUUUUUGACCAAGAUUCGCGAUGUCUUCGCCCCUACAACACCUGAUCUUUCGAAGAAUCAGUCAACAAAACUCAAAGGUAUCGCCAUCAGCAGAAAUUAUCCAGAGUCAUUUGAGAUAUUCCUGGAUACGUUUCCUCGACUGCGCAUUGACGUGUCACAUAACGUCGAGAUCAGCAAGGACGUUGGAAACUACAUCGACGAUCGGAUGAAACUGCUGGCCUGCGCUGAACACAAGAAGCCCAAACUCGGUCAACUGCGCUCGAAAGUCCGACAAAGGCUCGUAGACGGCGCGGAUGGAAGUUACCUAUGGGUCAAAUUCGCGAUCAAGUCACUAGAGAGUGUCAUAUGCCCUGAGCUCGAGGAGGCUAUUACCGAAUUCCCACGAGGUCUCGACGAUGUUUAUACCAGGAUACUACGCGCGCUACCAGACCGUCAGAAAGAUAAGGUAUUCGAGAUCAUACGCUGGGUGACAACAGCAUAUCGCCCCCUGACGCUACUUGAGAUCGGGACGGCUCUAGAGUUAUCACCUGCCGACGAUCAAGACCUCGAAGACGCUACUGCAGAUUUCGUGAGGUGUGCAAGAGAUCUACUUCUUGUAUCAGAGGCAAAGGAAGUCAUGCUUGUGCACGCAUCAUUCCGCGACUUUCUUGUCCAGAUUGACGAUGAAUCGGUCCCUGAAUAUUUGAUCAAGCCUCGCAUGUCGCACUGGAAGCUCGCCAACCGGACUUUUGAAUAUGCAGCCGACAUAAGGGCUAGAAUGACAAGGCCUACCACCGUCUUCCCGCAUCUGGUGCAAGUCAGAUCAAGAAGGAAUCCUUUGAUAGGAUACUCCUGCCAGUAUGGGUUCCAGCACCUUCUACUGGGGCAGAUCAAAUUGGUGAGAUACUGUCUGGAGCAUCGUCGAAUUGACGUUAACGUACGGGACGUACGCAACCGGACUCCGAUCUUCUACGCCGUGCUUUCCGGAAGUGCCGAGACGGUCAAACAUCUACUAUCUCAUGGCGCGGAUCCAAACUUGGAGGACGUUGUAGGUCAGCAGCCUAUUCACAUCGCGUGUGGGCUCGGCAAUCCGGCUAUUGUAGACGCACUUCUCUCUUCGAAAGCCAAUCCAAACGCCCUCACGAUUAAGCUUCCACACAAGCCUUUCGUUCAUGGCCUCAUCCAUGAGAAAAGUACCACCAGGAGUAACGAUGAUUCGUUUUCGGCUGACAUAUCCUACGAUUUUGGUGAGAAAGGCCUGACACGAAUGAGUGCCACCAAUCCUGGUACCGGUUACAAGGACGAUGACUUCGACAGAGCUGAUGUUACACCGCUACAUUUUGCAGCUCAUCAUGGUUAUACUCGACUCGUUGGAAUGCUACUACGACAUGGUGCCAAACCGAACUUGAAGGAUCAACUAGGACGCACAGCCCUGCACUGUAUGCCUAUGUGGCUGUGGCGGAUUAAUGAAAAAGGACAAUUUCAGGGAGCUAGUGAAGGGGUAGAAAUGCUGAUCAAGGCAGGCACGGACACACUUGCCUUGGACUUGGACGGCAACACUGCUUUUCAUAAGAUCUUCGAAUCUCCUGAAAGAGCCAAUUUUGGACCACGACUGGAGGUUUUGAACACAUUCCUACGUUAUGAGUUUCCUAUCGAUGCACCCACGGGGUCAAGCACUACUGGGAGCCUUGGGGGAGUCACUGCCUUGCAAUUGGCCUGCGAGUCAAGUCCAUCGGAUGUCGUUAUUGAACUGGUGAAACUUGGAGCCGACGCGAACCACCAAGAUAACCAUGGUCAGACAGCUUUACAUCAUGUUUCAAAUCGGAAAACGAUCGACGACUUAUACAUGCAUGAGGUGCCGAAGGUAGUUGCCUAUCUGCUCGCCAAGAUGUCUGGAGUGGCUAUUGUGGCUCGAGACAACGAUGGACGUAGCGCAUGUGACGUGGGAUUAGAGACAGACAAGGUAGUGGAGGAUCAACUAGAGCGCAAAAAAGGGUCCGGUCGUAUUCCUUACGAUAUUGACAACUAUGAGGCGAGGCUUAAGGGUAAGAAGAUAGGCACCGAUGCCUUGAAGGGCGCGAUCGACUACAUCCAAGCUGAUUGGACGCCAGAUCAAAAGAGUGAGUUCUUGGGUUUUGUACGCAGUCUUGGAGGAGGAGAAUCAGGUGAGGAUAUUGCUUCGAUCAUUUUGAGACAGAGACGGGAGUAUCGCGAGGCCGCGGAGGCCGCGGAGGCCGCGGAGGCCUAG